GAUAAACCUACAAAUCCUUGAAACCUGUCAUUACGAACAGCCGUAGGAACCAGACCAACAGCCACUGGCACUGUCGCUCGAGCCGCUCCCUUUCGCCACCUUUCCUCAAGAGAUUCUCGAGGCGUCUGCGGGGUAAACCCACUCCUCGAUUCGCGACCGUUGGAAUGAUGUCUAACUGUAGCCUCACUUCCAACAGCUGCUCUUUUUUUCCCAAUGGCCUCAUGUCUACCACAAGGCUUAUGUCUGGUACUAGCAUCGUCUUAGCGCCGCUGUCAUUGCAAGAUGUUUCUCGGCCUUUCGGUAACAGACAGUCUUACUCUCGCUGGACUGUGACCGCUGCGGCGGCAGGCGCACCCGGGGGAGUGCGCGGAUCCUCCGCUUCCCCCUUCGCUUUCCCCUCCGCUUCCGCCUCCGCUUCCCCCGCGCGCAACAGCCUCAAUACGGGGCAAUCCCGCUCUAGCCGGAUUACGACCGCUGCAGCGGCGACCAAUGCCUCCGCGGGAUCCUCCGCUUCCGCCAGUUCCGCGCCCGCUGCGCCUAGGCCCGGCGGAAGCGGAGGCGGUGAGGCGCUUAUAACGGGGGAAGGGCUGGUGAAGAGCUUCGGAAUGGAUGUGCUUUUUGAGGGGCUGGAUGUGACUAUAAGCAGAGGGCAGAAGCUUGGUCUGCUGGGGCGGAACGGCUGCGGUAAAAGCACAUUGCUGAGGAUACUAGCGGGGAUGGAGGCUCCUGAUAAGGGCAAGGUGCAGCGCAGGCGCCAACUGAACCUGGCGUUUCUCGCCCAGGACCCCGACCUGCCUGGCUCGCUCUCGCUGCUCGACGCGGUGCUCUCAGCCGACAAUGCUGCCAUGCGCGCUGUGAGAGACUAUGAGAGGGCGGCCCAGAGGAUGAAGGGGAGAGAGCCCAGCCCGUCGGACAUUGCUGCAUUGCAGAGAGCCAUGGAUGGGGUGGAGGCGAUGGGGGCGUGGGACGUGGUGGCAGAGGCAGAGAAGCUGCUGGACAUCCUGGGCCUUGGGGAUGCUGUGGUCAACAAUGGUGCUGCUGGUGUCAACAGCGGUGCUGCUAAUGCUGUGAACGGUGAUGGUGGUGGUGGUGGUGGUGGUGGUGGAAUCACGGAGCGGCAAGUUUCGUCGCUUAGCGGAGGGCAGAGGAAGCGGGUGGCGCUGGCUGCGACGCUGCUGGCGAAACCAGAGCUCAUCAUUCUCGACGAGCCCACCAACCACAUGGACGUGGCAGUCAUUGAUUGGAUGCAGUCCGCCCUCUCAGAUCCCUCUCUCACUGUCGUCCUCGUCUCCCACGACCGCUAUUUCCUCGACGCCGUCUGCACCGAAAUGCUCGAGAUCGACCGAGGCUCCUCCUUCCGCCACUCGGGCAACUACUCAAACUUUUUGGCUGCCCGGGCGAAGCGGGCGGUCGAAGAAGCAGCCGCGAUUGGCCGGGCAGCGAACACGCUGCGGCGGGAAGGGGAAUGGAUGAGUCGAAUGCCGAAGGCGAGAUCUACUAAGUCCCGGUCGAGAAUUGACCGGUUUCUGUCGCUUACUAAAGCGACAGCGGAGAAGCGGCAGCGGCAGCAGCAGCAGGCGGUGGGGAGUGUGGUGGAGAUGGGUAUGGGGGAGGCGAGGCUGGGUGGGAAGGUGAUGGAGCUGAGGGAUGCAACGGCCAUGAGGGGGCAGAACACCGUGUUUGAAGGGUUCACCUAUGAGUUUGGUCGCGGGGAUCGUCUGGGAGUGGUGGGGCGAAACGGGGCUGGGAAAACCACAUUCCUUGACGCCCUAGCAGGUCUGCUGCCUCUCCCCUCUGGCACGAGAGACAUGGGCGAGACAGUGGUGAUGGGGUACUACACGCAGCACAUGCCGCCCAUACCGGACAACAUGCGGGUGCUCGACUUCGUUCAAAAUUUCAACCCCAUGGCGGCUGUUCUCGGCUCCUGGGGCUCCAUCCCUGCUGCUGCUGCUGCUGCUGGUGCUGGUAGUGGUGCUGGUGGUGGUGCGGGUUCUGCCUCUGGUUCUGGAGGGAGUGGCUCGGCCGAGCCUGUUUCUGCUUCGGAGCUUUUGGAGCGGUUUGGUUUCCCCCGAGCUAAACAGUAUGCGUGGGCUUCCAAGCUGAGUGGGGGGGAGAAACGAAGGCUGCUGCUGGCAGCAGUGCUGGCACAAAGACCCAAUUUCCUCAUGCUGGACGAGCCAACCAACGACCUGGACCUACAAACCAUCGAGGCCCUGGAGUCUUUCCUCGCUUCCUACGAGGGCUGUCUGCUAGUUGCCUCUCAUGACCGAGCCUUCAUGGACGCGGUGGUCGACCGCCAAUUCGUGCUGGAGGGCAACGGACAGGUGUUGCUCUUUGACGGGCUGUUCUCGGAAUAUCUGGCUGACGCUCGGGAGCAGAAAGCAGAGAAGGAAAAGGAGAAGGGGGCGGAGGAGGAGAGGAGGAAGGAGGCGGAGGGGAAGAGGAGAGCCGAUGAGCAGAGGAAGGCCGAGGAGGAAGCUGAUGUGGCCAGGGUUUCAGGUGGAAAUAAGACGAAAGGGAAGUCGGCCCGGAAGAUGUCUUAUAUGGAGAGGAAGGAGUGGGAGCGCUUGGAGCAGGAGAUAGAAAAGUUGGAGAAGAAGAAGGGAUUGGUCGAGGCGAAGCUUGAGGAGAAGAGCAGACAAGGGGACUUCGAUGCCCUCCAAGGUUUGUCCGACGAGCUUGCUGUGCUGGCGAAGUCCAUCGAGGCUAAGUCAGAUAGGUGGCUCGAGUUAGCAGAGUUAGCUGAGUAAGGAUUUUCGCAUGUAAUGUAAGCAUGAUAGUUUCAAAUUCGAUAAUUUCUUUUUGGGUGGAAAUCCUACAUUAUAACGAGUUAUAGUGCUAGAAAUCCU